AGGAAGAGAUUCAGAGAUGACGAGCAGGACAGCACCAUCAUCUCCCACAUCAAGACAUCACGAAGCCUCCACAUCAUGUGCCACAUCCCAGUCUUCUGCUGGAUCACUGCUACAGUUCUGGAGGAUGUGUUGAAAAGCAGAGAGGGAGGAGAGCUGCCCAAGACCCUGACUGAGAUGUACAUCCACUUCCUGGUGCUUCAGUCCAAACUGAAGAACAUCAAGUAUGAUGGAGGAGCUGAGACAGAUCCACACUGGAAUAAAAAGAAUAGGAAGAUGAUUGAGUCUCUGGGGAAACUGGCUUUUGAGCAGCUGCAGAAAGGCAACCUGAUCUUCUAUGAAUCAGACCUGACAGAGUGUGGCAUUGAUAUCAGAGCAGCUUCAGUGUGCUCAGGAGUGUUCACACAAGUCUUUAAAGAGGAGAGAGGGCUGUACCAGGACAAGGUGUUCUGCUUCGUCCAUCUGAGUGUUCAGGAGUUUCUGGCUGCUCUUCAUGUCCAUCUGACAUUCAUCAAGUCUGGAGUCAAUCUGCUGACAGAACAACAAACAACAUCCUGGUCUGAAGUGUUCGGAGGCAAAUCAACCCGUUUCUACCAGAGUGCUGUAGACGAGGCCUUAAAGAGUCCAAAUGGACACCUGGACUUGUUCCUCCGCUUCCUCCUGGGUCUUUCACUGAAGACCAAUCAGACUCUCCUACGAAGUCUGCUGACACAGACAGGUAGUAGCUCACAGACCAAUCAGAAAACAGUCGAGUACAUCAAGAAGAAGAUCAGUGAGAAUGUGUCUGCAGAGAGAAUCAUCAAUCUGUUCCACUGUCUGAAUGAACUGAAUGAUCGUUCUCUAGUGGAGGAGAUCCAACAGUACCUGAGAUCAGGAAGUCUUUCCACAGAUAAACUGUCUCCUGCUCAGUGGUCAGCUCUGGUCUUCAUCUUACUGUCAUCAGGAAAAGAUCUGGACGUGUUUGACCUGAAGAAAUACUCUGCUUCAGAUGAGGCUCUUCUGAGGCUGCUGCCAGUGGUCAAAGCCUCCAACAAAGCUCUGUUGAGUGACUGUAACCUCUCAGAGAGAAGCUGUGCAGCUCUGUCCUCAGUUCUCAGCUCCCAGUCCUCUAGUCUGAGAGAUCUGGACCUGAGUCACAACAACCUGCAGGAUUCAGGAGUGAAGCAGCUUUCUGCUGGACUGGAGAGUCAACACUGUGGACUGGAAACUCUCAGGUUGAGUGACUGUAACCUCUCAGAGAGAAGCUGUGCAGCUCUGUCCUCAGUUCUCAGCUCCCAGUCCUCUAGUCUGAGAGAUCUGGACCUGAGUCACAACAACCUGCCGGAUUCAGGAGUGAAGCAGCUGUGUGCUGCACUGGAGAGUCCACACUGUACACUGGAAUCUCUCCUACUUGGCUGUAACCUCUCAGAGAGAAGCUGUGCAGCUCUGUCCUCAGUUCUCAGCUCCCAGUCCUCUAGUCUGAGAGAUCUGGACCUGAGUCACAACAACCUGCAGGAUUCAGGAGUGAAGCAGCUUUCUGCUGGACUGGAGAGUCCACACUUUGGACUGGAAACCUUCAGACUGAGUGACUGUAACCUCUCAGAGAGAAGCUGUGCAGCUCUGUCCUCAGUUCUCAGCUCCCAGUCCUCUAGUCUGAGAGAUCUGGACCUGAGUCACAACGACCUGCAGGAUUCAGGAGUGAAGCAGCUUUCUGCUGGACUGGAGAGUCCACACUGUGGACUGGAAACUCUCAGUCUGUCAGCAUGUCUGAUCACAGAGGAAGGCUGUGCUUCUCUGGCCUCAGCUCUGAGCUCCAACCCCUCCCAUCUGAGAGAGCUGGACCUGAGCUACAAUCAUCCAGGAGACUCAGGAGAGAAGCUUCUGUCUGCUGGACUGGAGGAUCCACACUGGAGACUGGACACUCUCAGGAUGGACCAUGGUGGACUGCAGAGACUGAAACCUGGUCUGAGGAAGUAUGCCUGUGAACUGGAACUGGAUCCAAACACAAUGAACACAAACCUCAAACUGUCUGAUAACAACAGGAAGGUGACACGUGUGAAGGAGGAUCAGUCAUAUCCUGAUCAUCCAGACAGAUUUGACUACUGGGAUCAGCUGCUGUGUAGAAAUGUUCUGACUGGUCGAUGUUACUGGGAGGUCGAGAGGAGAGGAGACGUUAAUAUAUCAGUGAGUUACAGAAGAAUCAGCAGGAAAGGAAACAGUCAUGACUGUUGGUUUGGAAGGAAUGAUCAGUCCUGGAGUCUGUUCUGCUCUGAUGAUGGUUACUCUGUCUGGCACAAUAACAUAAAAACAUCCAUGUCCUCCUCCUCCUCCUCCUCCUCCUCCUCCUCCUCCUCCUCCUCCUCCUCCUCCUCCUCUGUCUCUAACAGAGUAGCAGUGUAUGUGGACUGUCCUGCUGGCACUCUGUCCUUCUACAGAGUCUCCUCUGACUCACUGAUCCACCUCCACACCUUCAACACCACAUUCACUGAUCCUCUGUGUGCUGGGUUUAUGGUCUGGUCUGGUUCCUCAGUGUCUCUGUAGGAGGAGCAGAGAGGAGCAGAGAAGAGUAGAGAGGAGUAAAGAGGAGUAAAGAGGAG